CUUUCCUCCGUCAGUCACCAUGGUGGCACAAAGCAGCAAGCCGUGGCGGUCUUCUCCUCAAAUGUAAUGAACAAAGGAUACUAGUUUUUACUAUUACUUUACAGAUGGCCUAAAUGGGUAACUGUAAAGUGGUAAAAUUUUAUUCAUUCUUUUAAAAGGAAACCUGGAAUUGUUUCAAAAUCAGAAUGCAGAAGAUAAGAGACUAACCUUUCCCGGCGUCUGGAUAAAGGAACGUCUGUUUCACUGUUAUAUUUUCUGAAUUCACCUUAAUUUAACUGGUCACAGAAAAACUUAGAGAAAUAUUGUAAUCCACAAGAAGGAUUUGUUCCGGCGGCAGAUCAGAAGAAGGGAGUACUAUUCUUAGCCUGAUCCCAAGCCAGUCCUCCGGGAUCAGGGACUGAAUACUAAAUAAACCCCGUGGCUCUGACUGUGGCCUGGGGAUCGAGCUUCAGCUGUCACAUUUUCAAAGUCUUUAAAAACAAACUUGAACAAAGUGGACAAGAGAUUCACUAUUUGAUUUUUUAAAAAGAAGACACGCAUUUGUGCCGUGCACUUUCGUAUUUUUUACAGCAGGAAUGGCGUCCUACGUGGAUAACAGUUUCCGACAGGCGGUGAUGAAAAACCCGGCCGAGCGGACGCAACAGGACUUGGAGAUUGUGUAUUCUUAUCUACAUGGAAUGGAAGCUUUAUCAAACUUGAGAGAGCAUCAAUUAAGGUUAAUGUGUGAAACUGUGCGAUAUGAAAGGCAUGAAGCAAAUGAAGUGUUAUACUACCCUGAUGACAUUGGUACCUGUUGGUAUAUCCUCCUGUCUGGUUCAGUAUUCAUCAAAGAAUCCAUGUUUUUGCCAAGAAGCAGUUUUGGCAAGCGCUCAGCAGGAAGCCUCAGACGUGGUUGUGAAUGCAUUGUGCUGGAGCCUUCUGAAAUGAUUGUGGUGGACUAUAUGGAUGAAAAUGAGGAAUACUUUCAACGGCAAGCUUCUCACCGACAGUCUCGCAGGAGAUUUCGUAAAAUUAACCAAAAAGGAGAGAGACAAACAAUUAUCGAUACAGUGGAUCCAUACCCUGUUGGGAAGCCGCCUUUACCCAGAGGAUACCACACGGAAUGCACUAAACCUCAGCUUCCUGCAGACUUCACCAAGCUCCAUCUCACAGACAGCCUUCAUCCACAGGUGACCCACGUUUCAUCCAGUCACUCAGGAUGUAGCAUUACAAGCGACUCGGGAAGCAGCAGCCUGUCAGAUAUUUACCAGGCCACUGAGAGUGAGGCUGGAGACAUGGACCUGAGUGGGUUACCCGAGACAGCGGUGGAUUCCGAGGAGGAUGAUGAUGAAGAAGAUAUUGAACGGGCUUCCGAUCCCCUAAUGAGCCGAGAUAUUGUCCGCGAUUGCCUGGAGAAGGACCCCAUGGACAGAACUGAUGAUGAUAUUGAACAAUUACUGGAAUUCAUGCAUCAGCUGCCUGCAUUUGCUAACAUGACAAUGUCAGUGAGGAGGGAGCUCUGCGCGGUGAUGGUGUUUGCCGUGGUAGAACGGGCCGGGACAAUAGUCCUCAAUGAUGGGGAGGAGCUGGACUCCUGGUCAGUAAUUUUGAAUGGGUCUGUGGAAGUGACGUACCCUGAUGGUCGAACAGAAAUCCUGUGUAUGGGGAAUAGCUUUGGGGUCUCUCCAACACUUGAGAAGGAAUACAUGAAAGGGGUGAUGAAAACCAAGGUGGAUGACUGCCAGUUUGUAUGUAUCGCCCAGCAAGAUUAUUGCUGUAUUCUCAACCAAGUGGAGAAGAACAUGCAGAAGGUGGAAGAGGAAGGAGAAAUAGUGAUGGUGAAGGAACACCGGGAGUUGGAUCGUACAGGGACUAGGAAAGGACAUAUCGUUAUUAAGGGUACAACUGAACGACUGACAAUGCAUCUAGUUGAAGAGCACUCUGUGGUGGACCCUACGUUCAUUGAAGAUUUUCUGCUGACCUACAGGACUUUCCUCUCUAGCCCUAUGAUUGUAGGCAAGAAGCUUCUGGAGUGGUUCAAUGACCCCAGCCUCAGGGACAAGGUUACACGGGUAGUGUUGCUGUGGGUGAACAAUCACUUCAAUGAUUUUGAAGGAGACCCUGAAAUGACCCACUUUCUUGAAGAAUUUGAAAACAAUUUGGAGCGAGAGAAAAUGUGUGGGCACCUACGACUGUUAAAUAUUGCCUGUGCUGCUAAGGCCAAACUCAGACUAGUUACACUAACCAAACCCUCCAGGGAAGCUCCAUUGCCCUUUACACUCCUUGGAGGCUCAGAGAAAGGCUUUAGAAUCUUCAUAGACAGUGUGGAAGCAGGCAGCAAAGCAGCUGAAACAGGGUUAAAGCGAGGUGAUCAGAUAUUAGAAGUGAAUGGCCAAAACUUUGAGAAUGUUCCACUUUCCAAAGCCACUGAAAUCUUGAAGAACAACACUCAUUUGUCAAUCACUGUGAAAACAAACUUAUUAGUAUUUAAAGAGCUUCUUGCAAGGCCAGCAGAAGAGAAGAAAAAUGGAGCGCCACAUCUGCCCAAGAUUGGUGACAUCAAGAAAGCUAGUCGCUACUCCAUCCCUGACCUGGCAGUAGAUGUUGAACAGGUCAUGGGCCUUGAAAAAGCCAACAAGAAGACAAAAGCCAAUACUGUUGGUGGAAGGAACAAGCUAAAGAAAAUACUUGACAAGACUCGUAUAAGUAUUCUACCACAAAAACCAUACAAUGACAUUGGAAUUGGCCAGUCUCAGGAUGAUAGUAUUGUGGGGCUCAGGCAAUCCAAGCAAAUCCCACCUGCACUACCCGUCAGUGGGACAUUAUCCUCCAGCAACCCAGAUCUACUGCAGUCUCACCAUCGCAUUCUGGACUUCAACAAUCCUCCUGCCACAUGCAUUUAUAAUUUGCCAGAUCAGGUUCUGCGCGUUUUCAAGGCUGAUCAGCAGAGCCGUUACAUCAUGAUCAGCAAGGACACCACAGCCAAGGAAGUGGUUAUCCAGGCUAUCCGGGAGUUUGCUCUGACAGCCGCUCCUGAGGCUUAUUCCCUGUGCGAAGUCUCCGUCACUCCAGAAGGUGUCAUCAAACAGCGGCGGCUCCCAGAUCAGCUCUCAAAGCUGGCAGACAGAAUACAGCUCAGUGGCAGGUAUUACUUGAAAAACAAUAUGGAGACAGAGACACUGUGCUCGGAUGAGGAUGCCCAGGACCUGCUGAGGGAGAGUCAGAUCCACCUGUUGCAGUUAAGCACAGUGGAAGUUGCCACCCAGCUUUCAAUGAGAAACUUUGAGCUGUUCUGUAACAUUGAGCCCACCGAGUAUAUUGAUGAUCUUUUCAAGCUGAAGUCCAGAACCGGUUCAGCCAACCUGAAAAAGUUUGAAGAAGUGAUCAACCAGGAGACAUUCUGGGUUGCUUCAGAGAUUGUGCGCGAGCAGAACCAGAUUAAGAGGAUGAAAAUUAUCAAGCAUUUCAUCAAGAUUGCCCUGCACUGCCGAGAGUGCAAGAACUUCAAUUCUAUGUUUGCAAUCAUUAGUGGACUAAACCUGGCCCCAGUAUCAAGACUGCGUGGUACCUGGGAGAAGCUUCCCAGCAAAUAUGAGAAGCUGUUUCAAGAUCUUCAAGACCUCUUUGAUCCCUCAAGAAAUAUGGCCAAGUAUCGUAAUGUCCUCAACAGUCAGAAUCUGCAGCCUCCCAUUAUUCCUCUCUUCCCAGUUAUAAAGAAGGAUCUCACUUUUCUUCAUGAAGGCAAUGACUCAAAAGUGGAUGGUUUGGUGAAUUUUGAAAAGUUAAGAAUGAUUGCAAAGGAAAUAAGACAUGUUGGACGCAUGGCUUCUGUGAAUAUGGAUCCUGCGCUAAUGUUCAGAACAAGGAAGAAGAAAUGGAGGAGUCUUGGGUCAUUGAGCCAGGGGAGUGCGAAUGCGGCUGUGCUGGAUGUGGUACAGUCUGGCGGGCACAAGAAGCGAGUACGCCGCAGCUCCUUCCUCAACGCCAAGAAGUUGUACGAGGAUGCCCAGAUGGCACGGAAGGUGAAGCAGUACCUGGCUAAUUUGACACUAGACACCAAUGAAGAAACUCUCCAAACAAUUUCCCUGCAGUGUGAGCCCUCUACAAACACACUGCCUAAGAACACUGGAGAUAAGAAGAGUGGGAAGCCUGACACAUCGCCUGUGGUUCCUCGAGCAGCAAGUCAGCAGAAACAGCAGCAACAGCAGAAAGGAAGCCAGGCUCUGCAGGUUCCAGCUGUAUCUCUCUAUCCAUCUCGGAAGAAAGUACCUGUCAAAGAUUUGCCCCCAUUUGGUACAAGUUCGCCUCAAGCCUUGAAGAAAAUCCUGGCCUUGUCAGAAGAAGCAAGUGAAAAGCAUAAAAGGCCAACGGAUGACACCAUAUCAAAUGCUUCUUCCCAGCUGUCUUCCCCUCCCACCUCCCCGCAGAGCUCCCCCCGAAAAGGUGGCAGUCAGCUGACAUCUCACGUCUCCAGGCAGUCAGACCUAACCGGCUCCUCUUCUUCCCUGGGAAGUGAGAACAGUAACAGGAAUAACAAUGGUGCAACACGGACCUUUGGGAUAGGUUAUCCACUGGCUCCAAGUGGGACUGUGGACAAUUUCUCCGACUCAGGACACAGUGAAAUUUCCUCCCGGUCCAGCAUUGUUAGUAACUCAUCCUUUGACUUGAUGCAUGAUGACAGAAGACAGAGGCAUUCAGUAAGUGUAGUGGACUCAAAUCUAGGAGGAGGGAGAAUGGAGCGAAGAGCUACUCUUGAUCCUGAUCAGUACAGUCUCAGUUCAUAUGCUUCAAUGCAUGAAGGACGGAAUUUGUAUGGAGGCCCAACAGUCCUUUCUUCUCCAAGUUCUGAGGAGCUGACCCAGGACCAGGGCGAUCGAGCCUCACUGGAUGCUGCUGACAGCGGUCGAGGAAGCUGGACAUCUUGCUCCAGUGGAUCCCAUGACAACAUUCAAACAAUACAGCACCAAAGGAGCUGGGAAACGCUGGUGUUAGGGCAUCCACAUUUUGAAAGCUCACCAGAAGGAGCAGGACUUUGGGCCUCUGGCUGCCCGAUGGAUCCAGUAAUGUAUCCAGACCACGGCUCAAAGCUAAGUCGCACCAGUCAGGAGCAUGCGCAGACCAGAGGGAGUUGGGCGUCUUCCACUGGCUACUGGGGAGAGGACUCUGAGGGGGACACUGGAACAAUCAAGCGCAGGGGGGGGAAGGAUGUAAAUGCUGAUGCUGAAACAAGCAGUAUAACAUCUGUUACGUCUGAAGACUCAAAACAACAUACUCGAACAUCUCAUAUGACAGUGGCCUCCAGCAAUGCUAAAGGUCUUAUUGCACGGAAGGAAGGAAGAUUUCGAGAACCUCCACCAACACCACCAGGCUACACAGCUUUGACUAUUUCUGAUUUCACUGAGGGCCAGUCACACUCUGGUCGGAAGCCCCCUGAUUACAACGUAGCAUUGCAGCGGUCACGGAUGGUGGCACGUUCAUGUGACUCCCCACAGCCACACUCUCAGCCAGGCUCCAGGCCAGCCAGCAGACCACAAUGGAACAAACCCAGUGAAGUAGACCCACGGCUCUCUCACUUCCAGUCUCAAGGGCUAUCGGCUGAGGAGGAGGAGGGUGAGUCCAUGUCUCCAAAACUUAUUCCUCUGAGGAAGACAGUGGCAUAUACACCUGAGACAACCAGGCCAUGAAUUGCAGGCAGGCCAGAGGCAGAAGAUGAACAGGUGUCUGCAGUGUGAGAAGGAUGCCCCUCUCCUGGACGUCGUUUCCAGUGGUGCGCACCACCUGUUUGGAGAGCAGAACAGGCACACCCCAGGCACCGGGGCCCUGGACCUCCUUUGUUUAGUGUUUGGUGGACGCCACUUGCCUCCUUCCCUGCCUUAAAGCAGCAUGGGGCUUUGUGUACCCCGCAUGUGAAAUACUGUGAAGAAAAAAAAACGCCUUGGCACUUUGGAAAACUGUGUCGCUUGAAAUCGCACAGCGGCGUAAAAGAAAACAUGCUACCGCUGUCACUGUUCGCAACAACUACCAUUCCAAGAUCCCCUCCCUGUUUACACACGCAUCAAAACUUGUUGAGCUUUGGCUGCACUUUUUUUAAACAUUAUUGCCUCUGAUGGUUUUAUGGCUUCCUCUUAGAUUUUGUCAAGAAUUGUAGCACUCUGAAUCAUGACAAGCAAAGAUUGUUCAGAUUUACCAAGUUAUGUUGCAGUUUUAUAUAUUAUUGUGCUUAGAGAACAAAUGUGUCGAACAUCUUCAUAAUAACAGUGUUAUUUUACAUAAUUUAAGUUAUAUUUUUUUCCAUUUUAGGUUUUUGUAAUAUUUUAACUAACUGGAUGGCAUUGCAGUGAAAGGCAUCUUCAGAUCUCCCACUGAUGCUAGCUAAAAUUUCUGUUUAAUUCCCAUGUUGGCAUAGAUUCUGGAGAAAGUCCUUACCUUCUUGAGACUCAGUACUGUUUAACAGCCUUUAUAUUGCGGAACCUGAAGAAUUAAACGCAAUUGAUAGUUGCUAUAGUAGAUUUUCUUGCAUGUCUAAAGAAGGCUGGCAUAUAACAACCUGCUCUCUGCUGCUAUUUAACCCCGUUUUAAAGACUGAAGAAAAGAAAAAGUCAUUUUUAUUGUGUUUGAGACUCCGGAAAAACUGAAGGCUGCCAAUCUGAGUAGUACUCAAAUGUGAGGAACUGCUAGUCUUUUAUUUCUUUUUAUUCAUGAGUUGAGCUGAUCAUAUUGAUCAGUAGAUAAAAUUAUAGAUUAAAAGAAAGAGAUUGCAGUGUUUUUUCACUGUAUUGUGUAACAUCAGUGCUUUAUUUAAUAUUUUGCUUUACUAAGAUGAAAUCAUGUUUUUAUUUUAUUUUCUUUAUUUUCUUGUUGCAGGUAUCAAAUUGUCGAUUAUGCAUUUGUAAUUUAAUGGUAAUAUGCAUUAAUCAUUUUCAUCAUAGUCUAUGGAGAUUGUGUGCAUAUAGGCAGGCAGAAUCCUAGUUCUAAUACAAGUUGCACAAAAAUGUAUAAGCAUUAGGUAAUUGUAGUACAUAGAACUGCUAAUCUCAGUUCAAUCUGUGAUGUCAAGUGCAAAAUGUACAUUUAACUGGUGAUUUCCUCAUACUUUUGAUACUACUUGUACCUGUAUGUCUUUUAGAAAGACAAUUGGUGGAGUCUGUAUCCCUUUUUUGUAUUUUUAAUACAAUAAUUGUAAAUAUUGGUUAUAUUUUUGUUGAAAAUGGUAGAAAUGUACUAUGUUUAUGCCUCUACAUCCAGUUUAUAUAAAGCUGGGAAUCAAUAAAUAUUAUAAAAAUCAA